UGUACAUGUACAUGUACAUAUACACACACUCACGAGGCCGCCUACGUGUGCAUGUACGCGCAGAUACUGGGACGGUUCAGACUAUUGUGAGGUUACAUUUGUGGAUUGGUGGCUAGUCUUGAGGAAUCGUGUGAUCGAGAAACUACUGUUCAGCAAAGCUUUCUUCGUUUGACCGUGAAGAGAUUUCCUGAAAAGGCAUCAUGCAAUAUUCAACGAAAAAAUGUAUCCUGACCUACUCGGGUGCCAUCAUGUUUGCCUUCGGCUUUGGAAUUAUGUUGGAUGGAAUAUUUUAUAGGACAACAGGAGCGACUAGUGGUGCCGUUUUAAAUUCUGCAGGAAAUGCCGUGGUGAAAUCCGUACCGCAUUGGUGUGGCUUGUUGCUCAUUCUAUUAGGUGCUAGGAACUUCACCUUUGGUAUCGCUCAGUGGAAAUAUGGCGUGAACUGCUGUGGUGGCGGUGCAUGUGAGGUGCUCUUCGUCAACUUGAUGGCUUUGAUCGUCUCGCUUGCUGCUGUGGGUUUGGCCAUUUUGGGCUCGUGGGAUGUGCUCAAUAAUGCUUCAGCUUCGUCCAUUGGAAGCGUCCCUGAUUUUACUUACCUAAUCAGCAUCUGGUUCAUGAGUUUGAUGUGCGCCAUUUUGGCUUUGAUGUCGAUGUGUGCCGGCUGUCUGCCUGUUGGAGAACCACAAGAGGAGGAAGAGAUUGAAAUGCAGCAGUACGGCCAUGAUAACCCCCAGUUCAGCAAGUACUAGAGAUUGUUGAGGACUACUAAGCAUCUUUAAUUGAUAGGCUACCACUGCUGUCGAAGUUGCAAAAUGAUCACUAUGUAUUGUUACACCCUAAACAUUAUGCACAUUAUCAUCGAGGUAGAUUUUUAGUAUCUUCAGGUUAAGACAUUACAAUUGUUACUCUGACAUGUUUCUCUAAAAGAUUUUUUCCCUCCUUCUGAAGCGAAGAUGAUGUUUUACGAAGAGAAAAAAGUUGAAUAACGAUUAUGCCGAAUAAAGCAGAACUUUGUUUGAAAUGUUAGAGCCAAGUUUUAAAAUCGUUUUAGCUACUGAGGAAAGUUUUGUACAUGUACAGCAAGUUUGCUCACUAUACAUGCACAUAAUUUUCAUUUGGGUUUAUCAUAAAUAAAAAUGUAUUCAAAUUGAAUUAUUAUGAGUGAUACAAUGGUACUCUGUAUAUAUCGUUUCCAAACUGCAUUUAAAUAUCUUUUUAAUCAUUUCAUAUUAGUUGCGGUACUCAUCACUAUGUAUAUGUUCAUUUGUGAAGGGAAUAGUUUUACUUUUCUUCGGUGAAUAGUUUGUUUCUGAUGUUUUUAUCUUCAACAAAAAUGCUUUUCGAUUCGAAAGUACUGGGUUCAUUGUGUUUGAUUACGAUGUUGGUAGAUACUUUCUCUUUAUUUUUAUUGGAUAUUGGUUUGUAUACUAGUGAUUUAUAUUUAUCGUGUAGCAUUUCAAAUGGUUUUAAAAUUCACAACCAAACAAUUUGUGAAUGGUAUCCUUUCUCUGACCAUCACAAACGACACAGAAUCAGCAAGGGGAGAUUCAACAGGGAGCUCGAUCUUUUGUCCAAACUAAAACACGAUGUUCUCGUUUAGUCAAAGCUGAAUAAUAAUGUGAAUAAUGUUUUUGUGUUGGAGACAGCGCAUACGAUACUGACUGAGCCACAACCUUCUCAAAUGUUUCUUUGAUUUCUUCAAACUACAGUCUGGUUUCAGUCUUCGAAACUAUUUUUUGCUGAAUCGAUUGAUUCAGCUGAUCAAUUGAUCACACCAGCGACCAUUAAGAAAUCGAUUUUUGGAACAUUCGCAAAAACUCUUGGAAACAGCAGAUCAAAGAGAUACCCAUGAUUACAUUUGGGCGAUUUGUGCGUACGUGUACUUCAUAAUUUCGUAAUUCCUCUUGACGAUCCUUUACGGGUCACAUUGCCUUAAUUUCUGCCAAUAUGCGAAUUGCUACAAAGUUUCUUCAUCGGUUAUGGCUUAGUACUUUUAAGGUUUGUUUUAUCUUAAUUUCGAACUUGUCUUACAAAGGGAAACGAUAACUUAAUACUUAUGUAAUGUAUACACGCGAGAAAUGCUUCGUACUUGUUUCCUUUAGCUUUAUUGAUUUUUAAAUUAACUGUAAGCGAAUACACUUCGUAUAUACUUCAGGGUCCUUAAGAGUUCAAAUUUCAUCGCUGAUGAUUUUAUUUCAUAAUUUCAGUUCAUGUUGAUAAAAAGUUAAUUGCUUUCAAAACUGUAUGUUUUGCUAAUGGUCUCUUGAAAUAUUGGUGAUUGUUAAAAAAGCCUAGCUUGUCAAAGUCAGAGCUUUUUUUGUGCACAAGUUCUAGAAUGUCAUCUACACAGUUACACACAGCCUGUAAACCUUUGUAAAUUAUGCAUCUGAAUUGAUCAUGAAACAGUUCUACGUUCUAACGCACUUUAUAAUAUUACCUUUUUGUCAAUGUACAAGGCAUAAGCAUCAAUGUAUUUUUGGAAAGAAUAUUUAAUUUUGAACUUAUGUUUCCAAAUGCAUCGACGUGUGAGCAUAGUUAUUAACUUGUGGAGAGCGUACAUCGUUUGUAUCCACUGAGGGUAUUGAUAUUUAAUAUUAGUGACAAGGAGUCUACUUGUGUGUAUUAUGGAGGAAAAUAGAGACCUGUCCUUACAGUAAAGAGAUCAGUGGAGGCGCUCUGUUCAUUUAAUUACAACGCUGAACGAAAUUUCUAAACUUAAAAGGAAGAUAUUUUUUGGAAUCCUUGGAAACUUCUUAAAUGACCUCACGGAUUAAUGUAUUUGACUAGUGAGACUCGCGGAAAAAAUACAAGUGUUGACACUGACGGUUCUCUUUUGUCGCAUUGCGAUCAAAGAGCCCUGAUAAAAAAUAAACGGAAACACUCGAUGUUUAGACAGAUUCCAAGAACAAACAUCUGCUACUAUCCGAACACCAUUUGUAACAAUUCCACUGUAGUUUUCAUCAACUUGAUGUAUUUAGGCCAAUAUAUAUGUGUGUAUCAGUAUUGUUAAGUCACUAAUUAAAAUUUCCUUUAAUAAUUAACAAA